GGGAAUUGAACCCCGGGUCCUCUGGAAGAGCAGUCAGUGCUCUUAACCACCGAGCCAUCUCUCAUGUGAACAUUUCUAUGUGUGGUGAUGGGUACUUGUUCCCUGAAGAGCUGAUAGGCUAAGGAAGAGGUUAUCAGGCUAGAUGGCUGAAAUCUCCCAAAGGAGGUGACUUGAGGGUUUAGGCUCGGGAAUGAGCUUGGUAGGCUUGGGAUAGGCCUGGCUGGACAUGGAAUCAGAAAGGAACUGAGCUCAAAUGCGGUGAUGUAUGCUUGUAAUUCCAGCUGUACAGAAGUUAGGACAGAAGGAACCCAAAGUCAGGGCCACUCGUCUGGACUGCAUAGAAAUGUAACUGGAACCCCAUCAGGUCUUGAGCCUUGAGUACAAAGCUUGCUUGCUCUCCUGGGAGCAGAGAGGAAAGAUGAGCAGAGAAAUGGGCUUGAUGGUAGUGGCUUAGAGCCAGGUAGAGUUUGUGGGCAAAGAGGGGCCGAUCAGAGAAGCAAGAUCCUUGGCCAAGCUCCUGCCCCAGUCCUAAUGCCGGACCCCAGGCCCACCCUCCUCCAAACCAGUCUCUGUGACUGAAUGUGGCUUUGAGUGCUCUCUUUAAUUUCCAGAUAGCCAUCUAGCUGGACUCAAGAUCAAAUUCCAUGACAGAGCUGUCCCUGUCCCUCUUGUCAUUGCCUCCCUAGAGACAGGGAAGCCAGCAUACUGGCUGCCCUGUUAAAGGUCUCAAGGGAUUGGCUGGAUCAUCUGCCCCCUCUUACCGUGGCCUCUCAUGUGAUAGAGCAGGCCCUCUUCUUAGCCAGGGCUUCUUGAGUGCUCCUUCUUCAGGGGCUGCCUGCUUCCGCUGUGAUCCUGGACAGAGCCUCGCUUCUCCGGGAAAAGGCAGAAGAAGCAUGCUCCAAUUCACACGGUUCUCCCCGUUCACAGAGUUCUCACCGAUUUGGCAAGCAGUGGGGCCUGAGAGAAAAGAGGACUCCAGCAGGCCAGAUUCAGAUGGGCUUGGUGCGGUGGUUCCUCCCUUAGCUGGGGACUAAUGUCCCAGAACCUUCGGGAGAAGAGCCAGGCCUACCGGCGACACCGACCUAGUAGCAACGCAGGCCCCAAAAGCCUCGAAGUCACCCCAGCAGCAGCCAUGUACACUUUCCUGCCUGACAAUUUUUCACCUGCCAAACCUAAGCCCACCAAAGAACUGAGGCCUCUGCUGUGCUCGGCGGUGUUGGGACUACUGCUGGUGCUGGCGGCGGUUGUGGCCUGGUGUUACUACAGCGCCUCGCUACGCAAAGCCGAACGCCUGCGCGCAGAGCUGCUGGACCUCAAUCCUGGCGGCUUCUCCAUCCGUAACCAGAAGGGUGAGCAAGUCUUCCGCCUGGCCUUCCGUUCAGGUGAGCUGGACCUGGACUCCUGUAGCCGGGAGGGUGCCCGGCUUGGUUGCUCCCGAACAGUCGACGAGCGCCCGUUGUACUUCUUCAUCCAGACUGUAAAACCCAAGGACACUGUCAUGUGCUACCGUGUGCGCUGGGAGGAAGCUACACCGGGGCGUGCUGUGGAGCACGCCAUGUUUCUGGGAGAUGCUGCGGCGCACUGGUAUGGCGGCGCAGAGAUGAGGACGCAACACUGGCCUAUCCGCCUGGAUGGCCAGCAGGAGCCGCAGCCAUUUGUCACGAGCGACGUCUACUCUUCUGACGCCGCCUUCGGAGGCAUCCUCGAGCGCUACUGGUUAUCUUCACGCGCGGCCGCCAUCAAAGUUAAUGACUCCGUGCCCUUCCACCUGGGUUGGAACAGCACGGAGCGUUCGAUGCGGCUGCAGGCACGCUACCAUGACACGUCUUACAAGCCACCAGCUGGCCGUACUGCAGCGCCAGAGCUUAGCUAUCGCGUGUGCGUGGGCUCAGAUGUCACCUCCAUCCAUAAGUACAUGGUUCGGCGUUACUUCAACAAGCCAUCCAGGGUACCAGCAGCAGAGGCCUUCCGAGACCCCAUUUGGUCCACGUGGGCGCUGUAUGGGCGCGCCGUGGACCAGAACAAGGUGCUGCAAUUCGCCCAGCAGAUCCGUCAGCACCGCUUCAACAGCAGCCACCUGGAAAUCGAUGACAUGUACACACCCGCCUAUGGCGACUUCGAUUUCGACGAGGGCAAGUUCCCCAAUGCCACUGACAUGUUCCACCGCCUGCGAGAGGCUGGCUUCCGCGUCACACUUUGGGUGCAUCCGUUUGUCAACUACAACUCGUCGCGCUUCGGCGAGGGCGUGGAGCGUGAGCUGUUCGUGCGCGAGCCCACGGGCCGGCUGCCAGCGCUGGUGCGCUGGUGGAACGGCAUUGGCGCAGUGCUGGACUUCACGCGCCCAGAGGCCCGAGACUGGUUCCAAGGACAUCUACGGCGUCUGCGCUCACGCUACAACGUGGAAUCCUUUAAAUUCGACGCGGGUGAGGUCAGCUACCUGCCCCGGGACUUCAGCACCUACAGGCCUCUGCCCGACCCCAGUGUGUGGAGCAGACGGUACACCGAGAUGGCGCUGCCCUUCUUCUCGCUAGCCGAGGUCCGCGUCGGGUACCAGUCACAAAACAUCUCCUGUUUCUUCCGCCUGGUGGACCGCGACUCGGUAUGGGGCUACGACCUGGGGCUGCGCUCUCUUAUCCCUGCCGUGCUCACGGUCAGUAUGCUGGGCUAUCCGUUCAUCCUGCCCGAUAUGGUGGGUGGUAACGCGGUGCCAGAGCGCACAGCCGGCCGCCAGGAUGGGCUGGGGCCGGAGCGCGAGCUCUACGUGCGCUGGCUGGAGGUGGCGGCCUUCAUGCCUGCCAUGCAGUUUUCAAUCCCGCCCUGGCAGUACGACGCAGAAGUGGUAGCCAUCGCACACAAGUUCGCCGCUCUGCGCGCCUCACUCGUGGCACCACUGCUGCUCGAGCUCGCUGGUGAGGUCACCGACACUGGCGACCCCAUCGUGCGCCCCCUGUGGUGGAUCGCACCGGGGGAUGAAACGGCUCACCGCAUCGACUCGCAGUUCCUUAUCGGGGAUACGCUGCUGGUGGCGCCGGUGCUGGAACCUGGUAAGCAGGAGCGUGACGUCUAUCUGCCCGCCGGCAAGUGGCGCAGCUACAAGGGUGAGCUUUUUGACAAGACGCCGGUGCUGCUCACGGAUUACCCGGUUGACCUGGAUGAGGUCGCAUAUUUCACCUGGGCGUCCUGACCCACUUCGAGACCUAGUAGGAAUCCCACAGCCGCAAUCCCAGCCUUCAGGCAGAGUUUUAAUCCUUUACCAUACCUAAGUGGUGCACCCUCAGGAAGUUCCCACCUAUGCUCCUCCUAGGAAGUGGGCACUGACUUAAAAGUGCUCCAGCCAACAGUUGGAAGUGCUGGAACAACCAACCCCCUGCCCCAGUGCACAAUCCUAACAGCCCCACCCCACCCCGACAUUGACUCCAGUCUUCAGAAACCUCUUCCCUGGGUCGGAGGCCAGAGAACUCAGGACAAAGGUCUGUUCUUUCUGUUACACAGGGUCUGGUUUUAAAAGCACACAGAGAAACCUCUUCUCCCCCUGGCCUUUGUAGCCAUCUUUGUCCUCUGAGAUGAGGAACCGAUUCUCUUCGAAAGUUCCCAAAUAGUUACCUACCAUAUUUAGAAAGUGUACCUUUAGCUGGGCGGUGGUGGCGCCUGCCUUUAAUCCUGGCACUUGGGAAGCAGAGGUAGGCAGAUCUCCUAGUUAAAGGCCAUCCUGUUCUACAGAAUGAGUUCCAGGACAAGCCAGGGCUACACAGAGAAACCCCGUCUUGGAAAAAAAAACAAACAAAACAAAAAAAGAAAGUGUAUCUUCUUGACUACAGCAGCGAGGCCCUGAGCUGCUGACACACACCUGAACAGUGAUUGACUUGGUCCUACUCCAUCUGGGGAAGAAAAGAUACCGACGUUUGGUUUGGCCAGCUGACAAGGAAGCAAAAAGUCUCUUCCCAGGCAGCAGGAGAGCUGGGCUCAGCCUGAACUAAUUGUCUCUGUGAACAGACUCAACACUGCACUAACCUGUUUGUGUAUAUUCUGAACUCAACUUUGGACCCAGCCCUGGGCUGCAAGUGCCUAGUGGGCAGAUUUGCAGGGCCAUGCAGGCCGGAUUCAAUGCCUUAAUUCAAGAACCUGUGUCUAUGUGUAUGUGUACACAUACUUAUGUCUGUCUGUGUGCGUGUGUGCGUGUGUGUGUGUGUGUGUGUGUGAGAGAGAGAGAGAGAGAGAGAGAGAGAGAGAGCGCCACCGUGGGUCUCUAAUCCACAGAAUGAACGGAAUAUCCCUGUGGCUGGAUAAGAGGAUCCAGGGGCAAACUCAAGACUUCGAUUCCUGAGCUAGCCCCUUCCCAGAUGGUUUCCCUCAGAGGACGCCAGCCAAGUUUAAGGAUUCAAAACACUAAAGCAGGCCUGAGGAGGUGACUCCGGUAGGUGAAGGCACUUACUGGCAAGCCUGAAUUCAAUCCGUAGGUCAUGUUGUAAAAGGAAAUAAACAGUCCUUAAUAAUUACUUACCUGCCAGCCGGGUGGUGGCACACGCCUUUAAUCCCAGUACUCGGGAGGCAGAGGCAGGUGGAUCUCUGUGAACCCAAGGCCAUCCUGUUCUACAGAAUGAGUUCCAGGACAGCCAGGGCUACACAGAGAAACCCUGUUUCAAAGAAGAAAAAAAAAUUUACAUAGCUGUCUCAGUCUGCACACACGCUCAGGUGUGGCCUAAAGGGAACCAUGUUCUUACUCUGGUCGUGAUGUGUUUGGCACAUGAACGGCAUUACACUGACUCCUGCCAACACAUGUAUCGGGAAGGUCUUUCAUCUCAGAAAUUCUCCUGUUCUAAGAUCAACUCCAGUCAGGUUUUCCUGACUCUGGCUAAGUCUGGGGGAGCGGCUUGCCAGAGAAGGUGGACCCCGAGGACCACCUCAGUGGCUCUGACAACAGCGCCUGUGCCUGGGUGAGAAGCCCUGAGCUUCAGGGUUCCCACAGACGUCCUUCUCCAGUGCCAAUUCUUUUGUCCCUUUUCAUUGGCGGUGUUGAAGACAGAACCAGGAGCCCCAAGCAUACUAAGCAAGCUCUCUACCAGUGAGCUACUUACCCAGUUGGUCUUUAUUUGCCAAUCAGCUGGGUGACCUUGAAUAAGACGCUCAACCCCGCUGAGUCUCUGUGAAAGUGAUGAAGAUGCCUACCUCCGAGGCCAUUUUAGUAACAAGCACAGAUGUACAGAAAGUGCCUGGCACAAAGCAGGUGCUCAAUAAAAGAUGGCUCUUGUGGUGCUUGUUGUUU